AGACUAGCUGUAUAAUAUCGUAAAAUCUUCUUCAAACUUGACCACCAAUUUAAUCCACCGCGUUAACUCACUCACUACCAUGGCAAAAUCUAAGACCAGUCAAAAAGCCACGCCUUCGUGCUGCGACAAACCGAAGGAGGCCUCGUCUUCGCCCGACAAGGCUGAUGCAUCCUCCCCUGACUCCGCCAACAAGCAAGAGAGCCUCGCUUUCCGUAUCCCAACAAUAUCCCCGGUUCUAUCCGCGCUCCUCCACAGCUCAUGCUGCUGGCUUCCUACUCUCCUUGAUCUCACCUCCAUUGGCUCCGCCUCAGUGGCGUCCAUCGGCCAUCUGAAGCCCAUUUUCGCAGCGAUCACCGUGUGGGUGCUCAUGGAUAGCUUCCGUCGGGAGGGCGCCACCAACCGCAACGUGCUCAGGGCACUCAUGUCGGGGUUCCUCCUAAUCCUCCCAAUGAUCUUGAACUUGUCCCAUCCGGGCGCCUCUGCUGAAACGUCGGGGAAGAGCUGUCAUUAGGUGCCGUGUUGAUCAGUGGAGAAUUGGGUCCCGAGUCGUCACGUGGGAUCUAUUUAUCUUCGAUGCGGAGAAGUUGUCAUACUUGACGCGACGCACAUGACUUUGGAGUCCACCGUGAUGGCAUUUUGAGGGCGACUGGUCACUGGAAAGUCUGCAACCACGCGUUUGUAUCAAUUGGCGUGUAGCUGAGAGCAGGAGCCGGCAGGACGGGUUAUUCUAUGCGGGGAAAUCAGCUUCGCCUAUGACCGCUUGUGAUGGAUUUGGUAAUGUUUUAAUUGUUGUGGGGGCUCUAAAGGACUAUAUUUGCUAGGGAUUUGAGAGAGUGGCUCGUUGGCUCGCAAAUGCGAAUGCAUCUGGAAGUGGUGGCUUGGAGUCAUGCGGUUGGAACGGGUCAUAUCGCAUCACUGUAUUGUAUAUUUGUGUAUUGAGAACAGACGAAGUUGGUGGAGGUAUUCGCUUUGGUAUCACUAUAAACUCUUUAAU